UUUUUUGGCGGUAAAAAUAUAUAUGAAAAGAAAAACUUAUGUAUAAUAAAUCAUUUUAUAUAUAUUUUCAAGGUCUAGCCCUUGGCUGGUUAUUUAGCUCAUCUUUAUUUGUUAAUAAUAGUGUCAAAGUUGUUUCGAAUGCAUUUGAUUCUGGUAAAGAUGAUCCUGAAGAUGACCUAAGUUUCGAACCAGGUUGUUCAGAUACUGAAGGAGAAUAUAAAAUGGUACUAGUCGUUAGAAAUGAUCUUAAAAUGGGAAAAGGAAAAGUCGCAGCACAGUGUUCUCAUGCUACACUUGGUUGUUUUCAAAAAGCAUGUGAACAAACUCCUGAUGCUGUUGAUACAUGGUUUUCUGGUGGACAAGCUAAAGUUGUUUGUAAAUGUGAAUCAGCUGAUGAUUUAGAAGAAUUACGACGUCAAGCUAAACGUAAAGGUCUUACAACUUGUUUGAUACGAGAUGCAGGACGAACACAAAUUGAACCUGGUAGUAAAACAGUACUUGGAAUUGGACCAGGUUUGUACUUAACAUAA